GCAUUCCAGCGCUUUCCUUUCCUUCCCUCGAUACUUUUCGGCCUUUCUUUUAUUCUGAAUUGAGCGCUUCAGCACUUGUACACGGGUCGCGAGACAAGCACAGGGGAAGAAGCACACAGGCGGAUUUCGACAUCAGCACAGCAGCCACAGACGCACAUACCACAAGAAAAGGAGCUUGAAAAAGAAAUAAAACCAUGCCUGCCAAGAAGAAGGGAAACAAGGGACAGAAGAUGAGUCUGAACGACUUUCUGAACGACGGCCCGACGACGUCGUCGUGGGCGGACGAGGAUAUGGAGCUGCCCUCGGCGCCGAUGGCGGUGGCAGCGCCGCGCAGCUCGCUGGCGGACGCACCGGAUCGCAAGGACAUGGUGGGGCGCAGCAGCGACUCGUGGGCGGCGCGCGAGCCACGCGAGCCGCGCGGGCCGGUAGAAUUCCCGACCAACCCUCCCUUCACAUCAUUUGUGGGCAACCUGCCGUUCAGCGUGGACGAGGACCAGCUGCGCGACUUCUUCUCGGGUGUCACAACGGUGCGGCUGAUCCGCGACCACGCGACGGAGCGGCUGAAGGGAUUCGGGUAUGUUGAGUUUGAGACCUUGGAGGACCUGAAGCAGGCGGUGGAGAAGGACGGGGCUGAGUUCAGCGGCCGCCAGAUCCGCGUCAACGUGUCGGAGCAGCGCGAGGAGCGCGCUCGCAGUGGCGGCGCGAGAACCGCGAUGCCGAGUGGGGCCCGCCGCGCACGCCGCGCGAGUACCAGCCGCCUAGGGAGCGGUCGGCAAGCCGCGAGCCGCGCGCCCCCCGCACGCCCACCCAGGCCGAGCAGGCUGCGUCGUGGAGGAUGCCCAAGAAGCCCACCGACGAGCCGGCCAGGAAGCCCGCCGACGAGCCGGCCAAGGAGGCUGGCGAGGGCGAUGAGGGCUGGAGCCAGGUGGCCGGCGAGAAGCCCCAGCAGCCGCGCAGGGCGCCCGAGACUGAGCGCCGCGGAAGCGGCCAGGGUGCGGCGCGCGGCGGCAGGACGACCGGCGGGUUCUUCAAGCGCGAAGGCCGAACCGGCGACGACGGCGGCAGCUGGCGGCGCUGAGGUAGUGCAUUUCUGUUCACCUUUUCUUUACCUGAAUUCAACCCAGAGGAUCAUGUCUAUCUGACCAAAACCCGGCCCAUUCUUGCAGGCCAUUCUGAACCUGAGUCGUAAAAAACGAUCGGCGGGCUAGCAUUAGCUUGCACAGGCCCAAAAGAAGCAAUAUGAAAAUUAGCGACCACAGCACAUGGGCUUCUUAGCAUGAGCGCUGUUUCUCCCUCUUUUUCCUGCUCCUCUGCUCUUUCCCUCUAUCUAUUUUUGUUUCUAUACCGUUCACCGU